UUACGAAAUUUGUAUGUGUGUGCUUUAAGUGCCACAUACCACAUAUUUUGUUUUUUAUAUCUAAUGAAGUACAAGUUAUAGUUGCUGUUACUGUUGUUGUUGUUUAUGUAAUUUGAAGAUAGUUUUUAGUAUUUGUAUCUUUCCACCACACAACAUUAAGAGAGCACAUAAAGAAAAUUCAAAUAAACAAUUUUCAUUUUAACUCUCUUCUUUCUCUAAACUAUAAAUAUUACUUUGUAGUUUCUACUUGACGAUUGAAAUACGUAAUAAACGCUCGCUCACCGGUUUAAGAGCGUAAGUACGUGUAAGUUCGUUCGUUGGUUCAUUGUGGCCGUUGUUUUCUAUACAGAUUUUACUGUUUUGGGGAGCCCGCGAGCGUAAGUUUUCCACAAAAACUCAGCAGCAGCGACGUUGACUUAAUACGAUAUGGAGGACGCCGACGUCGUUAGCCAUAUGUGUGUGUGUGUUUGUACUGCGUUAUGUAGGGAAUCAGUUAAGCUGACUGGUGGCUGGCUGGUUGGCAUGUAGACGGGCAGACAGCACAGGCUGGUAAAGUGGCAGCGUACUCAAACAGCAAGCAACUAAAAAAAAAACACACAAGCAAGCAAACAAACAACAACUACUAGCCAACAAUGUUGAGGAUGGAUGAAUGACUGGCUGGCUGACUGGCUAGAUGGAUGGAAUACAGCGAACUCGAUAACAUUUUGAGGCAGUCUUUGGCUACACUUCGUAUUGAGCGUAUCGCGGGUAUGUUGUUUUGCGUAUCGUUUGUACCGCGUUAUUGUUACUCGUCGUCGGGCCACCACCACCACUACCACCACCAUCAUCAUCAUCAACAACAACAACAAUAUCGUCGUAGUCACACAGCAUGAUAAUACAACAACAACAACAUUAAUAGCAACAAAAACAACAUUAAAUAUUACAAAUACAUUUAUAAAAAAUAAAAAAAAAACCAAACACACACACAAUCUCACUCAUGAAAAACAAAAAAAAAAAAUCAUAAAAGAGCGAGCGUUUUUCAUAGUGCUGCAUUGAAAUCCACACAAAAAGAAACUUAAAACAUUUUGUUGUAAAGAAAAUUUAAAACAAUUCUAACGUUUGUCAAACUUAAAAUAUCGGUUCAAUAUAUAUUUAACAAAGCGGACGAAACACACUUAAUGCGAAAACGGAAAAUUUUCUUAAAUUUCUUUUCAAUAGUUGGUUUUAUAAUUAUUAUUGUUAUGAGUGUGUUAUAAAUUCUAACAAAAUGUUUUUUAUACAUAAACUAAUAAUAAAAACUUUGCAAGAAUGCCCGUGUUAUAGAAACGGUAGUAAUUAUGGGUCAAACAUUAAGGGCCUUUAAUUAAAGGCCUAUGCUAUAUAGAACAUAGAACAAAGAAACGGAGAGAGACUAGAACCCAAAAAAAAGGGUAUUAAAAUUCUUCUUAUUAUUAUUUGGUUUUUGCGUGGGAGUACAAAAGUAAAAGGAACUACAGCAAAAAUUUGUGUUUUAUAAUAAAAAAAUAAACCAAUUUCCACCAAAUGUCUUCCGGAAUAAAUAGUCGUGAAAUUUUCGUGUUUUUGGAUAUUUUGAUUUGGAAUCAAACUAAGCGGAGAAAUCGACAAAACAAUGAUAAUAACAAUAAUAACAGCAGCAGCAGCAGUAGUAGUAAUAUAAGCAGUAACAGCAACAGCAACAACAAUAAUUGUAAUACAAACUGUAAUAUAACAAAAGUGAUUAAAAGUACUGGCGUUAAUAGCAGCCAAAAACAAAAUUUUGUAGGAACAACAGCCACUACAACAACGGCUGUGACAGCAACAACAACAACAACAGCAACUUCUUUAGCAACAACAUCUUCAAAUUCAUCGUCAACAGUUAAAGCAGCAGCAGGAACUUUAACUAAAACUGCUGCAGCUAUAAAAACAAAAACAACAGUGAAAGUGAUAAAGUGCAAAAAUACAAAUACAACUAAUAACAACAAUAAAACUAUUACAAAAUUAAAUAGUAACAACAAUAAUACAACAAUUAUUAAUAAUAAAAAAAUCAUACAUAACAAUAACAACAACAACAACAACAAGAAAAGCAAUAUAACCACUACAGCAACAACAGCCACAACAACAGCUAACAACAAUUUGAUGAAAAAUCAAAUUGAAAUUUUACACAAAUUUAGCUGAAACUUUCUAAGUACACAUACUUACAGACAGACAGACACAGAUACACAGCUACAGCUACACAGCUACAGUUACAGAUACAUUUAGCAAAUCAAUCAUUAAUUCAUUUAUUUGUUGUAUCUCUUCUACUGCCAACUUUACUUAGGGAAUGUUGAAAACACAUUCCAUGUGUGUGUGUGCGUGUGUGUGUGAUAUGAACAAUUUAAAUGAUUCAUUUUAAAAGAAAGUAUGAACAAAGUUAAGAAAAAGCCUCAACAAAAACUCUUCUAAAGAUCUUUAAGUUGCUUUUAAGUUCGUUUUCAAAAUUUUUGUUUGAGAUUAGUGUUUAAAUAUAAUUUCACUUAAUAAAAUUGACAAAGAAAUUAAUAUAAACUUAAACCUCUUUUUAGAGGCGAGGAGGAAAAGGUGUCAACUUGAAUUUGCAAUGUAAUUGAAAAAAAAAAAUACUGGUAUUUACUCAAAACUUUCAAUUAUUAACUAAGACUUCUAAAACUUUCGGUUAUUUGGAAUAAAUUUUCUAAACUUUUUAAUAAAAAUAAACAACAAAAAUACUAAAAUAAACCAAACCCUAUUAAAAUAAUAAAAAAAAUUAUCCAAAAUCAAGGCUUUAAAAAGAAAUUUAUAAAAUAAUUUAAAAUAAAUUUUAAGAAAUUUAUAUAAAAAAAAAAUAAAUCAGAACAAGUGUCUUAAACAAAAAAUAAAAUAAAAAAAUAAUAAAAAUUAGCAAAUACAACAACCCUAAAUAAAUUUAAACCAACUACAACAAAAAUUAUAUACAUAAAACAUAUAAAUAAAAACAAAAUCAAUAAAUUAUAAAUAAUUCAAACCAAAUUUGUACCUAUCACUUCAUUAAAUAAAUUAAAAAAAAAUAUAUAAAAAAUUAGCUAAAAUAAUUAUAAUAAAAUUAUAUAUACAACCUUUAAAACAAAAACAAAAAAAAUAAUAGAGGACUGUGAUACUAGUAUUUCACAUCAAAUUCAAGUUAAAUUUAUAACAAAAACCAAUAUUAAAUAAUAUUUAUAACAACAACAACAAAAAACGCAACAAUUUAUUAUAAUAAACAACAACACAAAUUGGCAUUUAUUAUUAAAAAAAAUAAUUUUAAAACUCCCCCCUCAUAAAACCAAGUGCAAUGUUAGCCCCCAAUUUAAAAGGGCCUUAAAAAAA